AUGAAACAUGCAGGACCGUUAUUGGCUACAAGACAAAAAGAAUCAGUAAAGUUGAGAACAGCCAAGGAGAGUGUAGAGCAAGCUCCGUGUGAGCAUGAUGAGGUUUACGUUAAGAGUUCAAAGUUCAGUGCAGGAACUCUUAUCAAGAAAAAGGCUAUUAAUUAUCAUGAUAAGCAUAUACGCGGAUUAAUGCUAGAUGAUAGAAAAUAUGGGUGCAUGGCGUUACUAAUACGAAAAUUCUUGUUAAGCAAGAAAUCCUACGUAUAUAUCGUAUAUGUUCAAAUUCCUUACCUAUUUAAUAUGAGCCUUUUAAGAUCAAAGACCUUGUUAAACAUAUCAAUCUUUUCUUCGUAUGUGGACGGGAGUUUUAUUCUAGUAAAAGCAUCUGAAAUAUUAUCGGACCAAACUGGUAUGCCACCACAGACAUACUGA